UCUUAAGCAGCUGCUGCCCGCCGGUCAGUAAACUGUUCUCAGCUUCCUUCCGCUCACUCUCUCUUCCGAUUUUCACAUCGAUACUCUUUGGGCUCCCAGCAAUCGUCUUACAUCGUUUUGGAGUCCUGUCCUAAUAUAAUCUAGGGAUAAUAAUCCACUUCCUUUCACAUUUACCAGAAUUUUCUUCAAAUAAUUCUCUGGCAUCAUGUUCAAAAAGUUUUCUACUGAAGACGUGUCUGCUCAGAACCAAGUCAAGGCAUCAGUGCAACGGAAAAUUCGGCAAAGUAUAGCUGAAGAAUAUCCUGGGCUAGAGCCAGUCUUGGAUGAUUUGCUUCCUAAAAAAGCCCCUCUGAUUGUAACUAAGUGUCAAAACCAUCUCAAUCUGGUUGUUGUGAAUAAUGUGCCACUCUUUUUCAACAUCCGUGAUGGACCAUACAUGCCUACCCUAAGGUUGCUUCACCAAUAUCCUAAUAUUAUGAAGAAAUUACAAGUAGACAGAGGUGCAAUAAAGUUUGUCCUUGCUGGUGCUAACAUAAUGUGUCCUGGUCUUACAUCCCCUGGGGGUGCCUUGGACGACGAAGUCGAAGCGGAUACGCCUGUGGCAAUAAUGGCAGAAGGGAAGCAACAUGCUCUUGCUAUUGGCUUCACAAAGAUGUCAGCCAAGGAAAUAAGGGCGACAAACAAAGGGAUCGGUGUGGACAAUAUGCAUUAUCUUAACGAUGGUCUUUGGAAGAUGGAACGACUUGAUUGAGGAUAUCCGAAAGAAACCACACGGGGGGAGGGGAGGCGACGCAACUUAGAGAACCAACUUUGUUUAACUUCAUUCUGUGCACUUUUUUGAGUUUCUCUGUAAUGUUGUGUGGAUAGAAAUCAACAAGGUGGAUAACAAGUCUUGAUCUCCUCAUUAUUUUUAUACUUUUUGAGGAGAACCAAUUUCACAAUUGUAGUUAAAAUCCUUUUACAGUUUCUUGUGAAUGUGCUCAAUUGUCAUUGGCCCUGUUUCAUGGUUUUCUAUUGA